AGGCGCUGAUUGCCGAGGAGGCGAGCAGCAGGCUCGCUGAGCAGGAAGAGGAGCCCGAGAAGUUCCGAGAAGCCCUGGUGAAGUUUGAGGCCAGGUUCAACUUCCCCGAGGCAGAGAAGCUGGUCACCUACUACUCCUGCUGCUGCUGGAAGGGCAGGGUGCCCCGCCAAGGCUGGCUGUACCUCAGCAUCAACCACCUCUGCUUCUACUCCUUCUUCCUGGGCAAGGAACUUAAACUUGUCAUCCCUUGGGUUGACAUCCAGAAAUUAGAAAGGACGUCCAAUGUCUUUCUGACGGAUACCAUCAGAAUCACCACGCAGAAUAAGGAGCGUGACUUCUCCAUGUUUCUGAACCUGGAUGAGGUGUUUAAGAUCAUGGAGCAGCUGGCAGAUGUGACACUCCGAAGGCUGCUGGAUAAUGAGGUCUUUGACCUGGAUCCAGAUCUGCAGGAGCCAAGCCAGAUCACCAAGAGGGACCUUGAAGCCAGAGCCCAGAACGAGUUCUUCCGGGCUUUCUUCAGGCUGCCGAGAAGGGAGAAGCUGCAUGAGGUUGUGGACUGUUCUCUCUGGACGCCGUUCAGUCGUUGCCACACCGUGGGACGGAUGUUCACCUCUGACAGCUACGUCUGCUUUGCCAGCAGAGAAGAUGGCUGCUGUAAGGUCAUCCUGCCGCUCAGAGAGGUGGUGAGCAUCGAGAAGAUGGAAGACACGAGCCUGCUGCCUCACCCCAUCAUCGUCAGCAUCAGGAGCAAGAUGGCCUUCCAGUUCAUCGAGCUCAAGGACAGAGACCGCCUGGUGGAGGGGCUGCUCGUGAGGCUGAAGCAGGUCCACGCCAACCACCCCGUGCACUAUGACGCCUCCACAAAUGACGACGUGGUAUCUCCUGUGUUUCAUUCAACAAGCAUGUGCAGUGACCACAGGUUUGGGGAUCUUGAAAUGGUGUCUUCUCAAAAUAGCGAGGAGAGUGGGAAGGAGAAGAGCCCGCUGCUGCACCCUGACACCCCGGUCACUGUUUUCCAGCAGUCCGACAGCCAGAGUCCCGACUCUCGAAUGUCCAGGGAACAGAUAAAAAUAAGCCUGUGGAAUGACCACUUUGCGGAGUAUGGCAGGACCGUGUGUAUGUUUCGCACGGAGAAGAUUCGGAAGCUCGUAGCCAUGGGGAUUCCUGAAUCUUUACGUGGAAGACUUUGGCUGCUUUUCUCAGAUGCUGUGACGGAUCUGGCCGCGCACCCGGGUUACUAUGGAAAUCUGGUGGAGGAGUCCCUGGGAAAGUGCUGUCUGGUCACUGAGGAGAUCGAGCGGGACCUGCACCGCUCCCUACCGGAGCACCCCGCCUUCCAGAAUGAAACUGGGAUCGCUGCUUUGAGGAGAGUCCUGACAGCCUAUGCCCAUCGGAACCCCAAGAUUGGAUACUGCCAGUCCAUGAACAUCCUGACCUCUGUGCUACUACUGUACGCCAAGGAGGAGGAAGCCUUUUGGCUGCUGGUCGCCGUGUGUGAGCGGAUGCUGCCCGAUUACUUCAACCACCGGGUGAUCGGGGCGCAAGUGGACCAGUCUGUGUUUGAGGAGCUCAUCAAGGACCACCUCCCGGAGCUGGCGGAGCACAUGAAUGACCUCUCGGCCCUGGCGUCCGUUUCUCUCUCGUGGUUUCUGACCCUGUUCCUUAGCAUUAUGCCCCUGGAGAGUGCAGUGAACGUUGUAGACUGCUUCUUCUACGACGGGAUCAAAGCCAUCUUCCAGCUGGGACUGGCUAUACUCGAAGCCAAUGCCGAGGAGCUGUGUGGCAGCAGGGAUGAUGGCCAGGCCUUGAUGGUCCUCAGCAGGUUUCUAGAUCACAUCAAGAAUGAGGAAAGCCCGGGGCUUCCCAUUGGCAGCCACCAUGUCUUUUUCUCCGAUGACCAGGAGCCCUUCCCUGUGACUGACAUUGCUGACCUGAUCCGGGAUGCCUAUGAGAAAUUUGGAGAUCAGUCUGUGGAACAGAUCGAGCACUUGCGCUGUAAACACAGGAUCAGGGUCCUCCAAGGCCAUGAGGACACCACGAAGCAGAAUGUGCUCCGAGUUGUUAUCCCAGAAGUCUCAAUUCCUCCUGAAGACCUAGAAGAACUCUAUGACUUGUUCAAGAGAGAGCACAUGAUGAGCUGUUACUGGGAGCAGCCCUGGCCUGUGACCCCGCGCCAUGACCCCAGCAGGCCCUACGCUGAGCAGUACCGCAUAGAUGCCCGGCAGUUUGCACACCUGUUUCAGCUGGUCUCACCUUGGACGUGUGGGGCUCACACAGAGAUCCUCGCUGAAAGGACUUUCCGGCUCCUGGAUGACAACAUGGACCAGCUCAUCGAAUUCAGAGCGUUGGUGGGCUGCCUGGACGUUAUGUAUAAUGGAGAAAUGAAUGAGAAAAUCAAACUGUUAUAUAGGCUUCAUAUCCCUCCAGCACUCACUGAAAAUGACUGUGACAGCCAGUCACCAUUAAAGAGUCCUCUGUUGUCGACAUCAAGACCCCUGGUUUUCGGAAAGCCCAAUGGUGAUGCAGUUGAUUAUCAGAAACAGCUGAAGCAGAUGAUUAAGGAUUUAGCCAAAGAAAAAGAUAAAACUGAGAAAGAAUUGCCCAAAAUGAGCCAGAGAGAAUUUAUCCAGUUCUGUAAAACCUUGUACAGUAUGUUCCAUGAAGAUCCAGAAGAAAACAAUUUGUAUCAAGCCAUCGCCACGGUCACCACUCUGCUGCUGCAGAUCGGAGAGGUGGGGCAGCGGAGCAGCAGCUCUGGGAGCUGCUCCCAGGAGUGCUUGGAGGAGCUGCAGGCUUCAGCGCCUUCUCCAGAGCAGGACUCAGUCUUUGCAGACACUGGGAAGACUCCCCAGGACUCCCAGGCAUUUCCUGCGGAGGCAGAAGGGGACUGGACCGUUUCCCUUGAACACAUUUUAGCAUCACUUCUGACUGAACAAUCAUUAGUAAACUUUUUUGAAAAGCCACUAGACAUGAAAUCCAAACUUCAAAAUGCCAAGCUCAAUCAGUACAAUCUUAAAACCGUUGAAGUGAGCCGCCAGUCACAGCCUGAACUCAAGCUGACUAACUUGUAGCAAGACAGUGGUUGCUAAGGACACUGGAGUCUGCCAUGCCAAAGCACGACCAGAUUGUUUCUUGGGUUGUCAGCCCAUAAACCCAGAUUUCAGUCUCCUCUGAGUAAAAUUUUACAAACUGGGUAUCUGAAUAAGCAACCUGACAAACCGUAGUCAGAAUGGACACAGCCCUCAUGCGUUUCUAUUUAUUCUUUAAGAGAAUUGUC